AUGAAAUGCAGUACAGUACACAUCCAGAGACGCCCCUGGAAGUUCUUUGAUGCACUGCUGAGUGUGCAAGUGCUUCUAAACCACUGCGUUUCUUUUCUAGUGGAGCUCACAGAAAACCUCGGACUCCCCGUGACACUGCUUGAAAAUCACAACCCCUGGCCAGCCUAUGUCACCUACACCUCUCCAGCAGUAAGGCGCCUCAUUGACAAAAGCAGAGCCCGGGACCUGGAGUGCAUUCAUUCUUACGAGGAGAGCUGCAAACCGACAAGGCUGAGCAAACCUAGUUUCAUGCACCUGAGAAGGAAGAAGUCAUCCAAGUCCUCAGAGCUUGUGCUCAAGGAUGCCCUGUCAGAAUCCAGGCAGUCCACGUGGGAUCCUUGCUCUGCCACAAACGUGAGUUCCACACUCCUUCCAGAACCUACACAAUCACAGAUGGAAGCCAGAGAGGGUCCCACGUUCAACUACAACAAGAUCAUCUUCUCCAGGAGGCCUGCGAUGAGGAAGCUCCCCUACGGCUUACUACAGGCCAGCAAGGAGCUGCAUGCCAACACUUAGCAAAGAGCCCUGCAGCCAUCCCCUGAGAAUGUACAACGGUUACACUCCAUUCGCUACAAUAUACCAUGUUCUUGAAA